CUGGAUUUGCCCACCCUCCACGAGACGGUGCUGGGGUGGGGGGGGGGAAGCUCUUGACCCCGUAGGGGUGGGUGCUCCCGUACUGCUGUAGAGGGGUGAAGAGGUUCUGGGGCUCACACCUGGAAUUGGUGAAGGAAGGGGGGGGUGGACCUGUGGGUGGUGGUGUUGUUCCCUGACAAUCAGCCUCGCUGUGCCCAGUACCCUCGGUGUGGGAGGGAUGAGGGAAAAGAGUGAGGGAGUGAGAGAGUGGGGGUGGGAGAGAGAGAGGGAUGGAAAGUGUGUGUGUGAGUGUAACUGAGAGAGAGAGAGAGAGAGAGAGAGAGACAGGCAGGCAGAGUUAGUGUGACUGAGAGAGGGACAGACUAACAGGACUGAAAAAGGCAGCAACACAGAAAGCGAAUUAGUGAAACAGUAGACAGAGACAGCAGGAAGGAAGCUGAGGGGUGGGGGAAAACAGAGAGGACUGAAAGAGAGGCAGAGAUGGGAAGGAGAGCCUGAGACAACCCCCCCCGAAUCAAGGCCAGUACCACCUGGGUGGGCCGAACCAUCCACCCGGUGGUGGAAGGGGGGAUGUAGAUGUCCCAGGACCCAAAUAUUUUUCCUCCGGAUCUGAGUCAGGGCUGGGGGGGGUGGGGAGGGAAGGAGGAAGGCGAUGUUAUUGCCUGGAAUGUUUGCCCGCCUGUGUGUGCAUGCUUGUGUGUGUUGGCUCUUUCCUCGCUCCCUUCCUCCUUCGCCUGGUUAUUUUCUUUGGAAGGGCCGGGGCUGUGGGGCUGGAGUUCCUGCGGGGAAGGGGAAGGGGAAGGGCGGGGACAGCAGGUAUAUCAAUGCAGUGCAAGGCAGAGCCGGCAGCAGUCACAGGGAUGAAGAUCGACAAGCGGCUGCUGCUCUUGGCCCUGCUGGUGUCGGCCGCCCUCUCCGGGCCCGUCCGACGUCAGGACUCCGAGGAGGAAGAGGAGUCCGAGGAGUCUGAGGAGGAGGAGGAGGAGGAGGAAGAAGAGGGAGGCGAAGGCGGCGAGCAGGAGGGCGAAGGCGGUGAGCAGGAGGGCGAAGGUGGCGAGCAGGAGGGCGAAGGCGGCGAGCAGGAAGGUGAAGGCGGCGAGCAGGAAGGCAAAGGUGGCGAGCAGGGGGGCGAGGGGGGACAGGAGGAGAAUGGCAACGGUACCCAUCCUUCCCCCGGCGAAGGUGAGCCUGCGGAAACCCCAGCUGCUCAACCAGAGGAGCCGUCACCGCCUGCCGGCCAAUCAGAAGCCUCCGCACCUGCUGCCAGCCAACCAGGGCCACCCACCCUUGCUGUUAACCCACCAGGGAUCUCAGUUGCUGUCGCCAUCCAACCAGACAUCGCCGCGCCUGCCGCUGUCCAAUCAGGAGUCUCUGCGCCCACCGGUGUCCAACCAGAGGUCUCCGUGCCCAUUGCCAGACUAUCAGAAGCCUCCGCUCCUGCAGCUGUCCAAUCAGGGGUGUCCGCUCCCACGGGCAUCCAACCAGAGGUCUCUGUGCCCAUUGCCAAACAAUCAGAGGUCUCCGCUCCUGCCGCUGUCCAAUCAGGGAUCCCGAGUCCCGCUGUGCCUGCCAUCAGCCAACCAGUGGUCUCUGCACCCACAGUCAGCAAAUUAGAGGCUGGCGCACCAGCAGUCAGUUUAGCUGCCAUCAGUCACCCAAUGGCCUCCAUGCCUGCAGCCAGCAAAUCAGAGGAUGCUACCCCAUCAGCUGUCCAAUCAAGGAUCACCGCAGCAGCAGCCAGCAAACCAGAGGUUUCGGUGCCUACAGGUGACCAAUCAGAGGUUCCUGCACCGGGCACUGGCGAAUCAAAAACUGCUGCCCCAUUGGCUGGCCAAUCGGCAGUCUCCGUGCCAGCAACUGGCGAAUCAAGAGCUGCGCCACACUCGGCCGGCCAAUCAGGGAUCUCCGCUCUCACAGACGGUGAAUUGAAAGCCCCAGCGGCGAUGGCUGAACAUCUGUCCAGACUCCCACAGCCAGACGCUGCCGGGCUCCUCGCCAGACAGCCGCUCGCCUCCGUCUCACUGGCCAAACACGAGGAUGCCGCACCGCCACUGGCCAAGCAGCCAGACGCCCUGGUGAGCCCGGCCAGACUGCCAGCCGUCCCAGUUGCCCUGACGACACGACCAGACGAGGCGGCCGGGCUGAGGCAGCAGGUGGAGACGGCACUGAAUGAGAUAGAGCUGCAGGUGACCCAGGAACUGGCUGCAGUUCAGCGUCUGGCCCUCCGUCUAGACACUGUGGAGGCCACCCUGUCUAGUCACACCAGCCGGUUUCAGCGUCUGGAUGCCACGCUGGCUGAGUUUCAGGAUGCCAUCAGUAACAUCUCGGACUCUACGUACACCAACCGCAAGGGCAUCGGGGAGCUGAAGGGAUGCUCCCGGGGUGUCCGACACAACGCCAAGUGCUUCCUGGGCUUCCGAUCCUUCCAGACGUUUGAGGAGAGCACGAGCCGGUGUGGUUCCAGCGGGGGGCGCCUGGCCUCACCGCGCGACCGGGCCGAGAACGAGGCCUUGGCUACCUACACCCGCCAGUUCUUCGCCCCCGGCAACUGGCCGGCCUGGAUCGGGGCCACCGACGAGCGGAGCGAGGGGGCCUUUCAGUACCGGGACGGGCAGCUGGCCGGGCUGUGGGACCCCUGGUAUCGUGACCACCGGCUGGGUCAGCCCAACGGCGGGCGGCGGGAGAACUGUGUGGCUCUCUCCACUGACGACGGCAGGUGGUGGGACAAGGACUGUCAGAGGAGAAUGUACUACAUUUGCGAGUACGACUACUGAGGGGCUUUCAAACCCUGCCCCCUCAUCCACAGAAUGGGGCUGAUGUGGCGGGGGGGGAAGCUGGCACGCCCAGGGAAAACUGAUGGGUGUGGGGGGGGGGCUCAGAGGGAACCUACAUCGCCAUGGGAAUGCUGGGCUUCCCAAUUGGCUCCUUGGCCAUCAACCAACCCUCCAAUUGGGCCCCCGACUCUCCAUUGGGUCUUUAACCUUGCAAAUGGUUCUUCAACCUUCGGGUUGGGAUUUUAACCAUUCAGAGGGUCCUUCAUAUUCCAAAUGAACCCAUCAACCCCUCCCCCACCAAUUGGAUCACAACCCUCCAACUGGACACCCCAACCCUCCAAUCAGAUGCCCAAGCCCUCCAAUUUGACCUCUCACCCUCCAAUUGGAUGCUUCGAAUUUCCAGUUGGACUCCAACCCUCCAAAUGGAAUUUUAACCCACCAAUUGAACCCCCCCAACCAUCCAAUUGGACAUCCAACUCUCCAAAUGGAUUCUUAACCUUUCAGCUGGUGGACUCCAACUUUCUGAGAGGAUCCACAUCCUCCCAAACGCCCUCCUGAGAGCCCCAUAGGGCAAGAACCUAGUCCAGUCCCUGAGAAUCCAUUUCCCCUCCCCCCCUCAAGGAUGGGAUGUCCUCUCACUGAGUUGGCACUGCCCCCCCACCCCUGCCCAACUUUCCCAUGUUUCCCUCAGGGUGGCCAGGAUGCAACACAGGGGUGGGGCUGUGUCAGGGUAAGGGAAGGAGAAGAAGGCCAAUCACAAGCCACGAUACGGAGAGGCAGGAUGGGGGGAUGGGGCAGAGGAAACAUGUUACUAAGGUGCUUAAUGACCAGCCAACUGCCAGACUUUUUGCUAUGGUGCAUUAGAAGUAGCAAGCCAAUCAGUGACGAUCAUACUGAGGCACAUUAGACACAACCGAGUUUGGUCAACGGCCCCUGUACUACCACAACCUGUUCUGGAGCAGGGUCCAAUCAAUAAAAGCGAUGCUGAAUCCCACGCAAGGAGUGUCAGCUAAUCACUAUGCCAGCGUCCCGAUGCUGAAUACAUUUAGGCCAAUGGGUGGCCAGGAUGCUGAGAGGGCCAGACAGCUGGGCCAAUUGGUGGACUGCGCACUGAGAUGAACUGGGUGGAAGGAUCAAUCAGGAAUCAGGAAACCGAGGGGCCCCUGGAGGAGGCCACUGCCCAUGGACCAUCUUCCAUUCUAUAUCAGCCCCUCACUGGGCUCCAUUUGCCUGCACUGAUCCCAGGACAUCCAGAAGUCCACCUGCCUUGGACUCAGGGACAAUCCAUGCAGGCGUUAACCUGCAUGGUUGAGGAUUGCACAGGGCGAGGCCAGUUCCCCUCGAUUCCGGGGAUGCGGCAAAGUGUCCCACAGCUCGAACUGCGAUGGGGGAAGAGCGUCAGGGCAGGAGGGGGUGAGGUCACAGAGAUGCAGGGGAGGGAAAGGCUCCUUGGCUGGACUGGGUGGGGGAGGGUGAGUCAGUAACGGGAUAAUUUGACUCAGGUCUCUCUCCCUCGGGAUCUGCAGCCUCCAGCUGAUUCUGUAUCUGUGGUUUCAAUAAACUCAAAGCCUGCCACCCAUUCCUGGUGUGAGUCACUUGUCUCUCCGGUUGCGAGGGGUGGGGCCGAGUGGAAGUAUUCGAACCUCCGCCGCGGAAUUCACCCGGGAUUCUGCUCUCUGCUCGUGGGCUGGGGUCCAGAUCCCUUGGCGAGGUGGAACCGCGAUGGGAGGACAGAGGGAGGGAGGGAGGAAGAGGACGAACCCAGGAUCCAAUCGCAAGGAUCUUGCGAAGAGCAGCCAGGGGAAGACGCGUCCGCGAAGGAGAGCGGGAACUGGAUGCACAGCGGCUGGGCUGGGGAGAGCGAUGGAGUGCGGGACGCAAGGGGAGAUGGAGGGGGGUGUGAGUGAGAGGGUGGGGACGGAGUGGAAUGGGGAUGAGGGCAAUAAUCAACCACAAGAUAUUGGAGAGAAAUGAGGCUAUUUGGCUCAUCGAGUCUGCUCCUCCAAGCAAAGAAUUGUAAAAAGAGAGACUGAGAGGGAUGGAGGAGGGAAAGAGUGAGAGAUGAUGGAGGGGAAGUGGGGAGGAAUGGGUCAGGGGAACGGGGAGGUUGAAAUGAUUAAUAAGUGAGGGGUUUAAUAUGUUCUGAGAGAUUGGAUAUACAAGUAUUUGGACAGCCAAGGGCUGAUUAAGGAUAGUCAGCAUGACUUUGUGCAUGGUAGAUCGUGUUUAACGAAUCUUGUAGAGUUUUUCGAAGGAGUUACCAAAAAAAUAGACGAAGGAAAGGCUGUGGAAGUUGUCUACAUGGACUUUAGUAAGGCCUUUGACAAGGUCCCUCAUGGGAGGUUAGCUCAGAAGGUUCAGACAUGGAGAGGUUGUAAACUGGAUUCAAAAUUGGCUGUGUGGGAGAAGACAGACAGUGGUAGUGGAUGAUUGCUUCUCAGACAGGAGGCCUGUGACUAGUGGUGUGCCUCAAGGAUCUGUGCUGGGACCAUUGUUGUUUGUUGUCUACAUCAAUGAUCUAGGUAAUAAUGUGGUAAAUUGGAUCAGCAAGUUUGCUGAUGACACUAAGAUUGGAGGUGUUGUGGACAGCGAGGAAGGCUUUCCAAGCUUGCAGAGGGAUCUGGACCAACUGGAAAAAUGAGCCAGAAAAUGGCAGAUGGAAUUUAAUGCAGGUGUGAGGUGUUGCAUUUUGGAAGGACAAAUCAAGGUAGGACAUACACAGUAAAUGGUAGGGCACUGAGGAGUGUGCAGGAACAAAGAGAUCUUGGAGUUCAGAUACAUAAUUCCCUGAAACUGGGGUCACAGGUAGACAGGGUUGUAAAGAAGGCUUUUGGCAUCCUGGUAUUCAUAAAUCAAAGUACUGAGUAUAGGAGAUGGGAUGUUAUGGGGAGGUUGUAUAAGACAUUGGUGAGGCCAAAUUUGGAGUAUUGUGUGCAGUUCUGGUCACCUAACUAUAGGAAGGAUAUCAGUAAGAUUGAAAGAGUGCAGAGAAGGUUUACUAGGAUGUUGCCGGGUCUUCAGGAGUUGAGUUACAGAGAAAGAUUGAACAGGUUAGGAUUUUAUUUCUUGGAGCAUAGAAGAAUGAGUGGUGAUUUGACAGAGGUUUACAAAAUUGUGAGAGUAAAUGUGAAUCGGCUCUUUCCACUUAAGAUUGGGAGAGAUAAAUAAGAGAGGACAUGGCUUUAGGGUGAAAGGUUUAGGGGGAACAGCUUCACUCAGAGAGUGGUGGGAGUGUGGAACAAGCUGCCAUCUGACAUGGUAAAUGCGGGCUCACUCUGAAGUCUUAAGCACAAGUUGGAUAGAUACACGGAUGGGAGAGGACCGGAGGGUUAGGGACUGGAUGCAGGUCAAUGGGACUACCGAAAUAAUGUUUCGGUACAGACUAGAAGGGCCGAACGGCCUGUUUCCUGUGCUGUAGUGUCCUAUGGUUCUCUGGAAGGAGUGGGGGAAAUGGGACUGAGGGGGUGGAGUAGUGGAUGAGGAAACGAGGGGAAGAGAUGAUGGAAGAGGGAGAGAAUCAGAGGAUGGAGGGUGUGGAGUGGAAGAAAUCCUUAACCUUCACAAAGACUCUCUUGAAAAACACCACCAAAGCUCAUCACCAAGAUGGCGCACCGAUCCCUUACAAAGAUGGCAGUUGUGCCCUUAAACCGAAGGCAAACUGCUCCCUUCUCAACAUGGCGUCCCGUGCCCUCUCUACGAUGGCGGAUUCCUUGGCUCAGCAAACUCCCAAGGCAAAAGGCACAUUUGAAGUGAUUGCAAACGACCAUGGACACAUUCCAAGUGAUUGCGCAACCACCAACUGCGACUCCAGCCUUGAACUCCAGGCCGGGUCUUUAUGUGCU